AUGCUUGUUACUAAGCCUUGCGGGAGAGUGGUCGAGCUCGCCGCUCGCUAUCUCUCCAACCAAGGUCGGGUCGCCAAUCGUCAGUGCCGGGCCCCUAGCCUUCUGAGUUCACUGGCCGCUAGUGUGCGUUUCGGAAUAUCCCGGCGGGAACCGGUGCGGCCGGACAGCCGGGACGAGACCGGAAACGGUGGCCGCCAACCUCCGGCCGCCGCCGGGGAAUGCCUAGCGUGCACCCGGGCCGGUGCCCCGGCCUUCCACUCCACCAGCUGCGACGGGGCCCGCCAGCCCGGGUGGGAGGCCCUCGCCGGCUCCUCCCUGCUCCCGAUAAGGCACCGUCCAGGCCGAGAGCUCGCGGCCCGGCUGGACGAUUUGGGCAGGACCAGUAAGCGCGUGUUCGAUCCGCGCAGCAAGCGCGUGCAGAGGUGGAACCGUGCGUUCCUCCUGGCGCGCGGGGUGGCGCUGGCAGCGGACCCGCUGUUCUUCUACGCGGUGUCGAUCGGUCGCGGUGGGUCGCCGUGCCCGCGCGUGGACGGCGGGAUGGCCGCAGCGGCGGCCGCGGUGCGGACGUGCGUGGACGCAUUGCACCUCGGCCACAUCUGGCUGCAGUUUCAGCUGGCCUACGUGUCCCGGGAGUCGCUGGUGAUCGGGUGCGGGAAGCUCGUGUGGGAUCCACGCGCCGUCGCCGCCCACUACCUGCGCUCGGCCGAGGGCUUCUGGUUUGAUGUGUUCGUGAUUCUCCCCGUUCCCCAGGCCAUAUUCUGGCUAGUAAUUCCGAGAUUGAUCAAGGAGGAACGCGUAAAGCUUGCGAUGACUAUCAUCCUUUUGAUCUUCUUGUUCCAGUUCCCGCCAAAAGUCUACCACAUCAUAUGUUUGAUGCGUAAGAUGCAAAAAGUUACCGGUUAUAUAUUCGGGACCAUAUGGUGGGGUUUCGGGCUAAACCUCAUAGCCUACUUCAUUGCAUCUCAUGUUGCCGGUGGCUGCUGGUACGUGUUGGCCAUACAACGUGUUGCCUCGUGCCUCAAGCAGCAGUGUAUAAAGAACGGGCCUUGCAAUCUCUCAUUAUAUUGCUCGGAGGAAAUUUGCGACCGGGCUUCAUUACCGCCAGGCGUUUUAGAAAAUCGAUGUAUGACGAACUCAACGGCCAUGGCUGGAGUGUCGUUGUGUCUGGAUGUCGAUGGCCCUUUUCGUUACGGAAUUUACAAAUCGGCCCUCCCAGUCGUGUCGAGCAGCUCCAUUGCCGUCAAGAUACUUUACCCGAUUUUCUGGGGUUUGAUGACCCUAAGCACUUUCGGCAACGACUUGGAGCCGACAAGCCAGUGGCAGGAAGUGAUGUUCAGCAUAUGCGCCGUGCUAAGCGGCUUGAUGCUGUUCACUUUGUUGAUUGGAAAUAUACAGAUAUUCUUGCAUGCGGUUAUGGCGAAGAAGAGGAAAAUGCAGAUGAGGUGUCGGGACAUGGAGUGGUGGAUGAAACGGAGGCAGCUGCCGUCACAGCUCCGGCAAAGGGUCCGCCGUUAUGAGCGGCACAGGUGGACGAGUUUGGGUGUGGAAGAUGAGAUGGAUUUGAUCAAGGACCUUCCGGAAGGUCUCAGGAGGGACAUCAAACGCUAUCUUUGCCUUGAUUUGAUAAAAAAGGUUCCUCUGUUCCAGAGCUUGGAUGACCUUGUCCUCGACAACAUAUGCGACCGUGCUCGGCCCUUAGUUUUCUCCAAAGACGAAAAGAUCAUAAGAGAGGGUGACCCCGUGCGGCGCAUCGUUUUCAUCAUGCACGGGCGCGUAAAGAGCAGUCAGAAGCUGAGGCAGGGGACGGUGGCCACGAGCGUGCUCGAGCCCGGUGGCUUCUUCGGAGACGAACUAUUUUCGUGGUGCCUCCGUCGCCCUUUCCCCGACCGGCUACCGCUGUCCUCCGCUACGUUCACGUGUGUUGAGCCGACUGAGGCUUUUGCCAUCUGGGCCGACGACCUGAGGUACAUCGUGGACCACUUCCGGUACAAGUUUGCGAAUGAGCGGCUCACGCGAACGGCGAGGUACUACUCGUCCACGUGGCGGAUGUGGGCCGCCGUCAACAUCCAGCUGAGCUGGCGUCGACGUUGUCGGAGGACGAGGAGAGAGUCGGACGGUGACAUGGACCGGCGCUUGAGGCUUUACGCGGCGUUUUUUGUGUCGAUUAGGCCUCACGAUCAUCUAGAAUAA